AUGCUCGUUCGGAAUUCCGCAGCAGUGCUCAGGGACCUGUGCUGGCGCAGUCCGUCCGGCCAAACCGCGUUGAAGAGAGCAUCGCCGGCGAGAUGUUACGAUUUGUCGAGGAGGCGCUUCAGUGCCUCAGGUCCGAGAUGGAUCAAGACGGCCGACAUGAAAGAGUCUGACCUGGCAGCUGUCAAGGUCGAUGGGCGGAGGCUGAUGGACACGCUGCACCAUACUUGCAGAUUCGGCACGGGCCUCAGAUGGGGAAGGCAGGCAUUUCAUUUCUUUAAGCCAACCGAGACCGGCAUGUCCCGCCUUGCGCUGUCAGACACAGACAAACAAGCCCGAGACUGGUUCGUGGAAACGACAAAGUCUCUCGGCUGUUCCGUCACUGUGGACGCAAUGGGGAACACGUUCGCCGUCAGGCCAGGGCGCAGAAGUGACGUUGCCCCGAUCUUUGCGGGAUCGCACCUAGAUACUCAACCUGCUGCUGGCCGGUAUGACGGCAUUUUGGGAAUCCAAGCAGGUGUUGAAAUGCUGAACCUGCUCCGUGAUCACCAGGUGGAGACGGAGCACCCCAUCGGCGUCGUUAACUGGACCAACGAGGAGGGCGCGAGAUUUCCAAUGUCCAUGAGCUCAUCAGGAGUUUGGGCCGAAGACAUCCCACUCGAGCGAGCACACAAUCUCCAAGAAGUGGGAGGCGGUACGGCAACCAUGCGCUCAGAGCUGGAGCGGAUUGGUUAUCUGGGAGAUAUACCAGCAAGCUACCGCUCAACGCCGAUGGCGGCCCACUUCGAGCUACACAUCGAGCAAGGCCCGAUCCUCGAAGCCCAGCAGCAGAAGAUCGGCGUGGUGCAGGGAGUGCAGGCGUACAAGUGGUUCACCAUCGAUGUUGAGGGAAGAGGAACCACACCAUUCUCCGCCCGCGCCGACGCCCUGCUCCUCGCGUCGCAGCUGAUCACGCACUCCAACCGCGUCGCGGCCAAGCACUCCGCCCUCGCCUCAACGGGCAUCCUCACCCUCUCACCCGGCAGCGUCAACACCGUCCCAGGACACGUCCGCUUCAGCCUGGACGUGCGCGCCGCGGCAGACUCGGCCGUCGAGGCCGUGGAGUCGGAGCUGAAGCGCGACUUCGAGGUCCUCGCGCGGCGCGGCUCCAUCGACGGCGACGGUGGUCCCUCUCCGCAGAGCCAACGAGAAGGGCUGCCGCUGUCUGUCACCUGGAAGACGGACUUUGAGAGCCCGGCUGUGCUGUUCCACCAGGACUGUAUAUCCGCGGUGAGGGCGGCGGCGAAGUCUGUCCUGGGUGAUGAGCAGCUGUUCAGGGACAUGACGAGCGGGGCUGGCCAUGACAGUGUUUACGCCAGCAAGCGCUGCCCGACGUCCAUGAUCUUUGUGCCGAGCAAGAACGGAGUCAGCCACCAUCCCGAGGAGUGGACGAGCCCCGAGGACUGUGCCUUAGGUGCAGAGGUGUUGUGUCAGAGCGUCAUGAGAUACGAUCGCACAAUGGCUGUGAAGAGUUUAUAA